UUCUCUUUUCCUCAUUCUCUUCCACAGGAAGCAUGAUGUCAGCAGGGUUGUGUUCCAGAGCUUUAGUGGCUCUGUCCCUCUUGUCUGUAUAUGUGUAUGCGGACAUUGGUCCUGGAGGCCUUCAGUGGCAGGAUCCCAUUGACCCAGAUGUUGUAAAGGCAGCUACCUUUGCAGUCAGUGAGUACAAUCAACUACCCAAUGAGGUGUAUGAUUACAAGCUAGUGAAGAUUUUGUCUGCUGAAACUCAGGUCGUUGCUGGUAUAAUCUAUGUUUUAAAUGUAGAAAUUGGUAGGACAGAUUGCAAGAGAGCCUCAACAGGUGAGAAGAGUUCCUGUGACAUCAUUCGAGACUCAAAAUUGGCCAAGACCUUAUUGUGCGAGUUUGCAGUACUGGAGGUGCCAUGGGAGAAUGUGGAAAGCCUUCUGUCAUCAUACUGCAGGAUCCUGCAGUAAAGACGUUAAUACCUGCACACAC